GCAGGAUCCUCGGCCUCCUCCCGGCCCCCGCGCGGCUCUCAUGCGGCUCCCUCGCUGACACCUGAAAUCCACCUCUCGCUCUCCUCCUGGGGAUCGCGGGGUCGCCGAGCUUGCCGCCCUUGGCGGUUGAAGUCAUCGUUGUGCGGGCCCGCGGCGGUCGUCCAUGGAGAAGAUCAGGCGGAGCGGCGAUGGCCCCCCACGGGGGCCCGUCCUGCACAUCGUGGUGGUCGGCUUUCAUCACAAGAAGGGCUGCCAGGUUGAGUUCUCUUACCCGCCCCUGAUUCCAGGAGAUGGACAUGAUAGUCACACCUUACCUGAAGAAUGGAAGUAUUUGCCCUUCCUUGCCUUACCAGAUGGCGCACACAACUACCAAGAAGAUACUGUGUUUUUUCACUUGCCACCCAGAAAUGGAAAUGGAGCCACUAUAUAUGGUAUCUCUUGCUAUCGACAAAUUGAAGCCAAGGCAUUGAAAGUACGGCAAGCAGAUAUCACCAGAGAGACUGUUCAAAAAAGUGUCUGUGUUCUAAGCAAGCUGCCUCUCUAUGGCUUACUUCAAGCAAAACUUCAACUCAUUACACAUGCAUAUUUUGAAGAGAAGGAUUUUUCCCAAAUUUCCAUUCUAAAGGAGCUCUAUGAACAUAUGAAUAGUUCCCUGGGAGGAACUUCAUUAGAAGGAUCCCAGGUAUAUCUUGGUUUAUCUCCUCGGGAUCUUGUGCUUCAUUUUCGACACAAGGUUCUAAUCCUAUUUAAGCUAAUUCUUCUGGAAAAAAAGGUUCUCUUUUAUAUUUCUCCAGUGAAUAAAUUGGUGGGUGCCCUGAUGACUGUGUUAUCCCUUUUUCCAGGCAUGAUUGAACAUGGACUCAGUGACAGUUCUCAGUACAGACCCCGAAAGAGUAUGUCUGAAGAUGCUGGGCUUCAGGAAAGUAAUCCCCCUGCAGAUGAAUUUGUUUGUAUGCCUGCUUCUGACAUUUCAAAUACCAGCUUAGGCACUGUCAAGAAAAUCCUAGGAAACCAUGGAGGAGAUGCAGCCAUCAAGACUGAAGAACCUUUGUUCCGGGUAGAAGAUGAUAGCGGUGAACAAGAAGCCAGUGAUAGCAAUCAGUAUCUGAAACCUCCUUCUCGCCCAUCUCCAGAGUCUUCAGAAAGUGACUGGGAGACCUUAGACCCUAGUGUCUUAGAGGACUCCUCCUUGAAGGAACGAGAACAGGUGGGGUCAGAACAGACAAACUCAUUUCCAAAGGACUCUUUGCCCUCAGAUAGUCCUCCGAUUACUGUUCAACCUCAAGCUAAUACCGGCCAGGUGGUCCUGAUACCAGGGCUGAUUUCUGGCUUGGAGGAGGACCAGUAUGGCAUGCCCCUGGCCAUCUUCACAAAGGGAUAUCUGUGUUUGCCUUAUAUGGCACUGCAGCAGCAUCAUCUUCUCUCUGAUGUCACCAUUCGAGGAUUUGUUGCUGGAGCUACUAACAUCCUUUUUAGACAACAGAAGCACCUCAGUGAUGCCAUUGUGGAAGUAGAAGAAGCUCUGAUCCAGAUCCAUGAUCCAGAACUCAGGAAGCUGCUCAACCCAACCACUGCAGACCUAAGGUUCGCAGAUUACCUAGUGAGGCAUGUGACUGAGAACCGGGAUGAUGUCUUCCUGGACGGCACGGGCUGGGAGGGAGGUGACGAGUGGAUCCGAGCCCAGUUUGCAGUCUAUAUCCACGCACUGUUGGCCGCCACACUGCAGCUUGAUAACGAAAAGAUCUUAUCGGACUAUGGGACGACCUUUGUUACAGCCUGGAAGAACACUCACAACUACAGGGUCUGGAACAGCAACAAGCAUCCAGCACUUGCAGAAAUAAAUCCGAACCAUCCUUUCCAAGGACAGUACUCAGUGUCAGACAUGAAGUUAAGAUUCUCACAUUCUGUUCAAAACAGUGAACGUGGCAAAAAACUUGGAAACGUCAUGGUUACAACAAGUCGGAAUGUUGUACAAACAGGAAAAGCUGUUGGCCAGUCGGUUGGAGGAGCUUUUUCCAGCGCGAAGACAGCUAUGUCUUCAUGGCUUUCCACUUUCACCAGCUCCACUCCACAGAGUCUCACUGAGCUGCCUGACGGGAAACCCUGAGCCGAGCAAGCCACCCAGAAGCUGCUGUCGCUUUCUUAGGUUUUAAGCGUCCCCUGUCUGUCUGCUGCUCCCAGACUGUUCCUCUUCAUCGGCCGCAGGUCCACAGCAGGGGACCAAUAGGUCGAACUGUUUACAUGGACGGUUGCCCUCUGUCUAAAUGAAUGUCGUGGGACACUGAAAAGAUGAAAACCACAACCGCAGCCGGGAUGGCUUCCCAGGUUGGGGUUUAAAUUGACUACGUUUAUUUCAGUCUGAGCCUGAUUAAAACACACAGUGAACCUUUUAAUGAAUUUUGAGUUCUGACAUUAUACAUUUGUUUACUUUAGAAAAGUUUCUCCUUGAUGUAAGUUUUGUUCUGUUGUUGCUGUUUGAAUAUCCAGAUGGAUAUUUAUAUGUGCUAAGAUUAAGUUAUAUUGCUCUUUUAAUUUCUCUAAAGCGAGCCCUAAAAUGUUCUGAUAGCGUGGAGGGGCCAUACAAUCCAACCCUUUGCUGUUAUUUUGCUGAGUUAUAUGAGGAUUUUUUUGUUUGUUGGUUCUCUACCUACAAAACAAAUUUGUCAUUCACUUCCUCCUGGAAACCGUAGGCGUCAGAGGUGGUAGUUCUGAGGAUGGAGUGUUUUGUGAUUUUAAUUUAUCAUUUUCCCAUCCUACACACUUGCUUUGAAGUGUCAAGGAGUGUCACUGUGCUUUUUUCCUCUUCCUAAUUGUUCAAGUAGAUGUGCAAAGAAUUAGCAUGGUGAUGGUUACAGCAGAGUUGAAGCAGUUUAACUGUAUUUAGGGCAAGACUUAAAGACCUAGGUGGGUUCUGUUGGUUGUAGUAAGGUGGCAAUCUUUACAUGCAUUUUUUAACCUGAAGUUUGUGCCUUCUAUUUCUUCUUUUGAACGGUUUUCCAUUGGGUGUUUACAGAUUUAACAGGUUUUUCCUCAGUCUUACUCUUCAUGAAGUUUUUCAAGGCACUUGGCCUUCCUCCUUCCCUGAUAGAAAAUCCUCAUUGUAAUCAAUGUCUACCCCCUUCCAAAAGCAUUUAUAAAAGAAAAGCAAGAUGAUCUGUAAAUAUUAAAUAGAAUUCUCAUCUUGGCUCAAUUUAGAAAAGCAAGAGAAGAAAACUUCAGCCAUGACAUUAGUCAUGUUUUGUGAAGGACACCUGGGUUCAUGUUAGACACAGGUGUGCUCACUACUGAAGGUUUUUACACAACUAGACCUCAUGUAGCUGCCAGACUCAGCUCUCAUUUGCUUUUCGAGGGGACUUUGAUUGGGUGUUCUCAGGGAGUACUUACAGGCAACAGACUGGUUUUUCAGUAACAAAAGAUACUUGGGAAACACAUUGUGAAUAUAACCUACAUUAGAUGUGAUGAGUAUUGAGAAAAUCGGGGGCCUAAUUAGGGAGGACUCUUAAUUAUAUUUGAUUUAUCCUUUAAGAAAUGUUUGUGUAAGAAGCACUUACUGGGGCAUGUGAAAUGAAGCAUAGGGACAUAAUCUAAAUAUCCCUGAAUUUUCCAAUUUGUGUUUUAACACAAGUCCUAUAAACCUAAAAGCAUACUUCCCUUUGAGUAUAAUGAUUUAAGAAUUCAUUGAUGAUAAAGGGCUUACUGUGGGAAAUAUUAAUUUCACUUCUGCUAGGAAAGCUUUCUCAGGAAAAUACUGUUUGAAGAGAAGAAGGUAGUACCAAACAAAAGUUUUAAAAGGUACUUUAAAGUUGCACUGAGAUGAACAUCUCGCUGUUUCAUGAGGGCACUUCAUUGGAUAGAGUAUGAUAGUGUAUCAGAUAGUGUUCAUAGUGCUGUGAGGGGUCAGCCAGCACGCUGCUGGUUCAUCCUUUAGUUUGUAUGAUUUGUACAAUUGGGGUGAAUUCUCAUCUCUCAUCAUUCAAAGCAGCCCAAUCCACUUUGGAAUCCCACUGAAAUAAAAAUAGUUACAUAAAAUUUAACAUUGCUUUGCUCUCACUCCCCAUUUUAAUGCACACCUUAAUGGAACGUUCUCUUCACAUUUCCAGUUAAGAGUUCCACCCUUACAGUGGUCAUUUAACUGGCUUUCAACAUAAAAUGAGUAUUUCAGAAGAUAGAACUUCAGUCAUAGAGAUGGUCAAAAGACCAUAACUAUAUUUAUUCUUUCAGGUCCUGGGAGGUAUGGGGGUCUUCAGGGAGUGCAGGCUGUCACAUUGUUGGGACCCCAGGGCAGCCAGCACAGGUAGAGGCAGGAAGCCUGGCCCCUGGUCCUGGGGGCCUACGUGCUUCAGGUUUGGAUUCUGGGCUCCACUCAGUGGCAGCCUGGAAACAGUAGCUUCCUCCAGCCACUGGCUCUGUGAGCCAUAGCAGCCAGCACGGCUGUGGCCACCUGUGGACAUCUCACUGGUAACGAAGUGUGCUUUGCUUGGCCACACAGUGCUUUCAUCUGAGAACUAAGUGUGUUUAAGUAGGCCUGAGGGAGCUAGGGUCAGCCAGGCUUUUUCAGAGUGCGCCAGGCACACAGACUGCAUCCACAGCUUGGUGGACACUUCUCUGCUAUCCAGAUGACUUAAAGAUAGUGUUUGGAAAAAGUCCCUGGCUGGCUUUCAUUCCUACUCGGCACUGUAAUGACAGUGACAUAGGUAAGGGAAAGAGGGCUAAAGCUGGCCCAAGUGUCCCAGGCUAAUGAAUAGAAGUUGCCUGUCAAAGUAUGUCUUGUGGUUAUUUUGCAUUUGCAUUGGCUCAUGUAACCAGGAUGAAUAGUCUAUACCCAAAUCCGUUAGUGAUUUGCCAGCCCUCAGGUCCUAAAACAAUUCUUUUCUACUUUUUGCUUUAAGAAACACAGCAGUAAUAUUCUUGGCCAGCAGACCAGAGCAUAUGACCUGAUCUCCUCAACCUUAUCUUGCUUUCUGAGUCCUAUAUUAAGCAUUGAAUUUUUUUUUAGGAUAAUUUACUUAGAAAGGCAAGGAGGAAACAAACUUUGAAGGCAGAGAUGAGACACUUAUUGUUGCAAAGCCAAGAGACAGGUUCUUAAAGUCUGCAUGAAAGUAUUUUGGGAGCAGUAUUUAAUAUGCUAAAGGAUAUAAGAGUUCUUUAAUGAAGAAGUUAGAUUUUUUCAUCUGCUAGUUACAAGCUGUAAAAUGAAGCUUUGUCUCCCUGGCAGGCAAAUUUUGGUUUGAUUUUGUGGAAGUUCAAGCCAGUGGUCCUUUUCCCUGAGGCGUGGUGAUGAGUUUAGGAACACCCAGCUCUGGGAGAGGCCAGUGGACUAAUCCUGAAACCUUGAACUAUUAUCUGCUUCAGCAGUUUUGGAAAGUAGCCUAUUACGAUGGUAGCCGAUGAAUGUGGCCUGUUAUUCUAUUGGGGAGUUGGUUGGGGCUCUGGAGAUGGUAUUGACACUGGCAUGCUCUGACUGUGUGGCCAGAGAUGGCACAGUAUUCAGUCUGUCCACCCAGUUCUGUGGUAUCCUCUAAACAAGAUAGAGAACGCAGCCCUGGUUUCUAGAAGAAGAUUGUCAUUCCACAUAGUGCAAUGUGUCACUAGGAGCUUUUUCAUUCCAAGUCUUUGGGCUUCGUAACAUUGGAACUGUUUUUUCAUAAUUCCCAACAUUCCAUAAAUAUUUGUCAAAGACAAAGAAAAGGAAUGUGUUUCUUUAUUCUUUUCACAUAAAUAACUUUGUACACGUGACUUCCUGCUUUCAUAUGAAGGAGAAGAAACUAGCUCCCUUGUGUGGCAGCUCCAAAAUUAAAAGAUUGUUGCACGUAUAAGGGGUUGAAUAUAUUUUAUAAAACUAAUGCAUUUGUAUUUCUGUGCUGUUCUAAAGAUUACCUUUUUACUUAUAUUAAUUAAAGAUAUAGAAAGUAUAUAUUUAAAUCAUGUAAAUGUGACUCAUUAGGGAGUUUCCUCAGUCUUAAUAUUCAUCAGCUUCUCACACUCAUGUAGUAUGCUGCUCAAAUUUUUUUGUGUGCAAUAUGAACAUUUGAACAUUUCAGUCAGGUACUGAGCCAGAAAAGGUAAUUGAAGUUUUUAGAAAACUUAACAUUGCUUAGAAAAUAUUUUGUUUUCUUGAAAUAGUUAUAAUUUAUAGCUGGAAAGAUAAGAUCAAGACUUAUUUCAGGCCACUUGGUCACUGGUUCCUAAAUUUAGGAAGCACUUGAUUAACAAGUUGGUGAAAGCAUUUAGUGGGUACAGGAAUAGUUUAAAUACUUGAGAGUAAAGGCUUUCCUCCAAUCCCUUUCUAAGAAGUUUUAGCUUAGAAAUCUUAGAAAGUUUUCUAAGGAAGUAUAGCUGUGGUACAUGUUCCGAUCAGAAAGGUAGUUCCUCUUUGCUCUGUUAGUUUUAUAAUUUGUACUAGUUAUUUGUUUCUGUUGUCACUUGUUUUUUUUUAAUGUUAAAAUUAUAAAUCACAUCUAAUCAUACUGAAUUAUAAAACUUCUACUGUAUCUUUCUUUUAAGGAAAAAUGAGAAUAAAUUAUCCUGUUUGUCCUGCA